AUCAUCGCUUUGUUCUUUAAAAUAAAUAUAAAUAAAACCCUAAUAAUAAAUCUCUCUCCUUUUCUUUUACAGAUCAACAAUUUUCUCUUUGUCAAUCUGUUAGUCUUCUUUCUCCUUCUCUUUCUCUCUGUCAGCUUGGGCUUUUGAAGGUAAAUCUUUGGAUUUCUUUUUCCGGGUAAAAUUCGACAACUUAGAGAAGGUUAUUAUUGUUUAAAAGUUGGAGGUCUUGGUCUCAUGAGAAUUGUUAGGGGAAUGCAGAAAUCUUUUCGCCGCGACAACAAGGAGCUGAACGCACUGGGCUGGAAGAAUUCCUUCAGCCACGGAAUUGGCAUUACUGCGCCUAAGGCAAGAACGCGUGACAAACCUAUGAGUCUUUAAGUCUGGGAAGAAGAAUUGGUUCUCGGCGUUAUAUACUUGUGGACAAUAAAUAUUGAAGCAAGAUGACUCGGAUUCUAGUUCAGCGAGGCAGUGGUUCUUCUUCAAACCAGAGCCGAGCAGGGUCUUCUUCUUCGGUUGCUCGGCCAGAUACACAGGGUACUAGCAUCCCCCAGUCUGCGUCAACUGUGAGAGAUGAAGAAAUUGGCGAGGAGGUGCAAGAGCAGGUAGUGGUUGAUGAAGUAUUGGAGAACAGUGGUAAUAAUGAUAAUAAAGUGGUAAAAAGUGAUGAACUUUUGACAGUCAGUAUAAAUGAUGACCGAAUUGAGAGUUUGAAUGACGACAUUGUUGAUAACGAGAAAGUAGGUAAUGAUGAAGGGGUGGGCUCAGGGGAUUUGGUUAAAGGAUUGAGUGGAUUGAUUUUGGAGAGAUCUCUGGUGGAGAGUGAAGGUUCAAGUGCUGGUUAUCCUGAGGUUGGUUGUGGAAGCCCACAACCACCACCUCCUCCUGUGCCACCUCCCAAACCUGCCCUAACAAACUCGAAUUCAAGAAGAUUUAUGUCAGGAGCUUCAAAUUCUGUGCGAAUUGGAUCAUCUAGGAGAGCAGUUGCUUGGCCUGUUGUUUCAACAAGGUCUUCACCAACUGGAUCACGGCCAUCCUCUCCUAGGUCUCAUGGUGAAAAUGAGGGGUACAAUAGUGGUGAUGAGCAGAAUCCUUGCUUUGUUUCCACCUAUGAUGAUUUUGAAAGAGAACGGCAGUUUGAGAUUGACAUCAGAAGGUCCAAAGGAUUAGAAGUCAAAAAAAUGUUGGAGGAUGGGAAUUGUCUCUUUCGUGCUGUGGCUGAUCAGGUUUACGGGGAUUCUGAAAUGUAUGAUUUGGCCCGACAAAUGUGCAUAGACUAUAUGGUUUAUGGAAACAAUGUAGAGAUUCAAGCUUUAUCAGAAAUGUACAAUCGACCAAUCCACAUUUACUCUUAUAGCACAGAACCUAUCAACAUAUUUCAUGGGAGCUACAAUACUGACACACCGCCCAUACGUCUAAGUUAUCAUCAUGGUAAUCAUUACAACUCUCUUGUCAACCCUCGUCGUUCAACAAUUGGUGCUGGACUUGGUUUCAGCUGUCUUCAAGGGGCAAGUGUGGACAGAGAUCAGAUCAAAGCUGCUAUUAAAGCUCAACAAGACCAGCAGAUUAAUAAUGCACUUCUUGCUGAGGGGCGGUUUUACUCUGAUCUUGAACUUACUGAGAAGGAGAUCGAGCGCAUGGUGAUGGAAGCUUCUAGAGCUGAGUAUCUUGCUGACAACAAGUUCAAACCACAACUUGGUCGUAAAGAAUCUUCUACUGCUGGUGCAGAACCAUCAUCUUCUAGUGCUAGAUCAUCAGCUAGUGAGACGUCUAAGGUGGAUGGUGUAAGAGAACAUGGCUCACAGGAUACUGUUCUUAGCAGUAGUAUGCAGAUGGUGCUGUCAAUGGGAUUCAGUUACCUGCAAGUGAUCGAGGCCUACAGCAUAUUUGGUGAUGAUGUGGAUUCAAUGGUUUGUUACCUCUUGGAAACUGGCAGCAGCAGCAGACGGAAAGGCAAGGCAACCGAAUAAAAUGUAAAUAAGAUUUGGAAUUUUCCCGUCAAAAUAGACUUUGACCGCUCAAUGCUGGCAUUGUACUUAGAUUAAGAAAAAAAAAAACUGGUCCAGUUGAAACACGAACUUCCAGAACUCUAGAAUCUGUUUUUGAAGUUUGAUCAAUGAUAAAAUGGAUAUAGUGGUUAACCCA